AUGUCUCGUGGAAGCAGUGCUGGAUUUGAUCGUCACAUCACUAUCUUUUCUCCUGAAGGUCGUGUCUACCAAGUCGAAUAUGCAUUCAAAGCGAUCAACUCUACAAACUUGACCGCAGUUGCAGUUAAGGGGAUUGAUACAGCAGUAAUUGCUGUACAAAAGCGUGUACCGGACAGUCUGAUUGUAGCUGACUCAGUCACCUCCAUUUAUAAUCUUUCUCCAACAGUUGGAUGCUGUGCUAUAGGAAUGAUUCCGGAUUGCAAAUAUCAAGUACGUGUAGCGCAAAUGGAGGCGUCUCGUUGGAAGUAUGAGAAUGGAUACGACAUGCCUUGUGAGCUACUGGCGAAAAGGAUCGCUGACAAGAAUCAGUUUUACACGCAGAACGCUGAGAUGAGGAGCUUGGGAUGCGCCAUGAUCAUGAUUUCAUACGAUGAUGAGACUGGAGCAGUUGUGUUUAAAGUUGAUCCAGCUGGUUAUUACCGUGGAAUGAAGGCUGUAUCCGUAGGAGUCAAACAAGUGGGUUGCCUGUGA